AUGGCCGAUCCAAGCUUCUUCGUCGGAAUCGUUGGGAACAUAAUCUCCAUACUCGUCUUCACAUCUCCAAUUGCGACUUUCCGGAGGGUCGUGCGGAACAAGAGCACGGAGGAGUUCCGGUGGCUGCCCUACGUCACCACCCUCCUCUGCACCUCCCUCUGGGCCUUCUAUGGCCUCCUCAAGCCCGGCGGCCUCCUCAUCAUCACCGUCAACGCCGCCGGCGCCGCUCUGCAGGCCACCUACGUCGCCCUCUACCUGGCCUAUGCCCCCAGGGACACCAAGGUGAAGAUGGCGAAGGUGGUGGUGGGAGUGAACAUCUGCUUCUUUGCCGCGGUCGUCGUGGUGGGGCUGGUGGCGCUGCACGGCGCCGUCCGGCUGUUCGCGGUGGGGGUUCUCUGCUCCGCUCUCACCAUCGCAAUGUAUGCUGCGCCCAUGGUCGCAAUGAGGACAGUGGUGAAGACCCGGAGCGUGGAGUACAUGCCCUUCUCCCUGUCCUUCUUCCUCUUCCUCAACGGCGGCAUCUGGAGCGUCUACUCCCUGCUCGUCAAGGACUACUUCAUCGGGAUCCCCAACGCCAUGGGUUUUGUGAUGGGCACGGCGCAGCUGGCGCUGUACAUGGCGUACCGGAACAAGAAGAAGCUCGUGGUGCUCAAGGAGGAGGACGAGGAGAAAGGGGCGGUGCACCUGAUGGGACAGGUAGAGCUGGGCCAGGCCAAGGUGCCGUCGUUGAAGAAGGGGCUGAGCCUGCCGAUGCCCUCGUCCCUGCCGUCGCCGUUGCACGGGUUUGGCAACCUAAUCAAGGCCUUGUCCGCCACCCCCCUGGAGCUGCACUCUGUCUUGAGCCAGCACGAGCGCGUCGGUGCUAAGGAGGAGCACCACGACGACGAGCAUGCCUACUCGUCCAAGUGA